AUGUCAUCCGGGCCUUCUGUGCAUAAAUCGAAGAAGCGGAAAUCCAUUGUACCGACGGAAGACUUCCUCAAAGCCGACCUAGAUUGGUUCAUAGAGAAGUAUUCUGCAGAGUCUGACGGCAAUCCCGCUUCUACCGCCCUCCCCCCCAAGGACCACCCCCCACCGCCCGCACCGAUACAAAACGACCUGGUCGAUGCUCCUCCGCAAAAUGACGUAAUGCCAUCCUCUACGGACGUGAUUCCCCCCUCCUUGAAGCGCCGCCGCUCUCCACCCUUGUCCGCAGAGAGUCGGGAGACAGCUCCUGCGACUCCAGCCAAGCUACCCCCGACCCCCUCUGAGUCCCCAAUCUCAGAGAAGCUUCCAACGCCGUUGCCGAAGAGGAAGAAGGUGAAGAAAGUAUCGCUAGCGGAACUCAAAAAGGACCUCAAUGCCGCAGAAGAUAAGCCGCCUGCUCCGUUGCCACCCAGCCCUACGCUCCCGGAAGCAAGUACGGUGACGGAAACAACACCGUCCACCACUGAAAAUGAUCCGGCGACAGGUGACAGCGCAAUUCUAGCUACGGUCUUGGAAGACACGUCGUCCUUCACUCGCUCCCCCGACGCCAUGAACGUCAGCACCGAGCCGAACGACACGAACGCCGAACCAAUAGACGUCAGCGUCGAAUCUAUAGAUGCGGUACUAGGCGACAAGAUCGAAAUCGAAGAACAAAGCUCGAAAAUAAAGGAGCCUGCUGGGGAACCGCUGACCGACGUCUCGACGGCGCAACCUCCCGAAUCUGUGUCGAGCGAAGCAACAAUGAAAACAACAACGUCGACUGACACAGUUGUUGACGACGCUCGAGAGAACACCCCUGGACCUCGCAUGAAGAGUACAACACCGCCUCCCGCGGUAACUUCGGACUCCUGCUUGUCCAAUGGUGAUCGAAUGGCACCCACGACGUCCGAGCCCCCAUCACAACCGUCACAACCGGAACCCGCAGACGAAGACCUUAUCUCAGAGGCUGAAGACGAGAAUAUGACCGACGACGAUGCAUCGCCCUUUGUGGGCCGCUGCAUACGCUUGCUUGUAGUCCAUGAAGGACGAGCGAAGUGUACUCCUCACAAUGAGCCCACGAAGCUUACUUUCACUCUGUCAGAAGAAGAGGUCGCUCAGAUCACUCGCUGGAACAGUCGCGAGUCAACUAAGGAGGUUAUGACGGAUAGCAUGUGUGUCUCGCUGGUCAAAUUUACCAUGGAAAACUUCGUGAAGGCACUCGACGACGACAUCGACGGGGAGAUCGACAUCACCCAGUGUGGCCACCCUGUGCCUUGGACCGCCCAACCAUCAGGAUACCCCGAUUGGUUCGUCCUGCAUCCGGACGAAAGUAGCGGAGGAAAGAAGAGGGAAAUCACCAUCUCUCCCCCGUUCCAAUGGACCAACCGCGAUCACAUCAUCGACAUCGGCGCUCGCGGCCUCCUCGCAUCCCCCGCCGAGAACGUCCUCCAUCUCUACCAGUACAACGACCUCUCUCGGCUCUUCUUCGCCUUCAUCCUCCACCAUCCCACCGACGCGCAGCUCCGCGAGCUCGCCAGGUCGCGCCGGAGCAAGCGCAAGUGGGAGGCGACGCUCGCCGGGCUCGGCCGCUUCACCGUCCCCGCGAUCAGCAUCCCUGGGCCACCGAGGCCACCGUCACACGUCAUCUCGGCAUUCCCCCUCGUAAUAGCAUGCUGA